GCGGAGCCCGUCGGAGCUCGGGGCGGCGGCGUUCGCCGCCGGCCAUGGCCGCGCCUGCCGCGCUGCUCAGCCCCCACCACCUCCUGUCCUUCUGCUUCCCCGCCGCCGGCGGGCUCCUGGGCUAUGCCGACCUGGAGAAGGGCUACGAGGGCGGCGGCGGCGGCGACGCGGGGGACUUUAGAGAAGCCACCCGAGACCUGCUGAGCUUCAUCGAUUCGGCCUCCAGCAACAUCAAGCUGGCGCUGGACCGGCCGGUGAAGUCGCGGCGGAAGGUGAACCACAGGAAGUAUCUGCAAAAGCAGAUCAAGCGCUGCACCGGCAUCAUCGCCGCCGCCGCCCCGCCGCCCGCCUCCUGCCCGCCCGCCGCCUGCUCCACCCGGCCCCCGCCGCGCCGGGAGCCCGCGCAGGCGGCGGGCAGCAGCCUGCAGAGCAAGAGCCUGGCCGCCCUCUUCGGCUCCUUGCAGCGGGGCCGGGGAACGGCGGGCGGCGCCGAGGCCAAGGCGGGCGGCGGCGGCGGCGAGAAGGCGGCGGGCGGCCCGCGGAAGGUGCCGCUGCGGGACCGCAACCUGCCUCCCUCCUUCUUCACGGAGCCGGCGCUGCCCGCGCCCGCCGCCCGCGGGCCGCCCGCCAAGGAGCCGGAGAAGGGCGGCGGUGGCGCCGCGGAGGCGUCCGAGUUCUUCGAGCUGCUCUGCCCCGAGUACGGCGCGCUGCUGCCCGAGCACGCCGCGCCGCCCGAUGCCUUCGGCGGCCGCUUGCCCGCCGAGCUGGGGCUGGAGCACGGGCUGUACGAGCUGCCGCUGCCCGCCGGCCCGCACCCGCUGCUGGGCGGGCUGCUGUACCCCGAGCCGCCCUGGAGCCCGGCUGCGCCCUGCAGCCCGCCCAGGAAGGCGCCGCCCGAGCCGCUGCGCCCGCUCUACGCCGGCGGCCCGGAGCCGGUGCCUGGCGGCGGCGGCAGCACCGAGGAGCCGGGUGGGCACCUGCCCGCGGGGUUCGCCCCCUUCUUCCCCGAGUGCCCGCUCGCCCCGCCGCAGCCCCCCUACGACUACGGCGCUGGGUACCACCGCGCGGGCUACCCCGGGCUGUAGGGCGGCGAGGCUGGGGGUCUGCCGGGACGGGGAGCGGAGCCCGGAACCCGCCCGCGGGGCUGACGGACGCUGGGACAGCGCGGAGGCCGUACGGGGAUCCGCAAGCCCGAAACCGCGGCCACGGCCCCCGCAGGAUCCACCCUUGUGCACUGCCAGUCGCCUCCUCCUGCGUUUUGGGGGACGCUGCAAAUAAAAUGUGAAACUUUGGGUUCCUUCAGGUGUUUUUGUAGCGGCCGGUGCCCCCCUUUUUCGUCCUCCAGGCCAGGACUUGGCUGGCUCUAGGCAGGCGCGUUGGUGUACUUGUAGGUGAUGUGGGGACGGGGGCUGCGCUCCUCAAAGGCCGUGGUGACCGCUCGUCAGUGAUUUCAGUCUAAACCUAAAGCUCACGUCAACACUUGAGGUGCGUUUAACAUUUUUCCCAGGCUCGUGUUCAUCACAAGUGCUGGCAGGUGUUCAGCUGAGGUCACAAAGGCAAGAAAAUGAAAGCGAAGCAAAAUUUAAAAUGCUGCUACCAAAACUCAGUGUCCUGAAAUUUUAACAACGUCUUGCAGGAUCUUGCAAACGGCAGUUUAAAGCGAUACGUAAGUUAAUUGAUGGCUUAAGUUCGGGACAAAAAUUUACUGUAACCACUACGGCCAUGUGAUUCCUACAGACUGCUGGAUUUCUUCCAGGAAUGUGUCAAAGCUCAGAAAGCAAUGCGGCUCUGUCUCAUUAUGUACAGGAGAUUAUUUGAUAAUCAUUUAAGUUAUGUAAAAGAGUCUAUGAUAGGUCCUAUAAAAAUAAAGCUACACAAUAGAUCCGA